UUAAUCCGCGCGUGCUCUCGUACGGAUGUAAACAGUGUUUCUUUUAAUAUUAUUACUUAUAUUAGUUAACGAAAUAUUCGGCGUAUUGACCAGUCCGAAAAUUAAUGGAUUUGACAGAACUGUUGAAUAAAUGCGCAUUGGCGAAUAAACCUGACGAAAAAAAAGUCAACGAACUUGAGAGGAAGGAGGAUGAGCUUUUUCAAAAAAUAUACAGAGAAUGGAAAGGGACCAAGGCUGAAGACAAGGAUCUAACCUAUAAAGUCAUACCGAAAUUUUAUUUCAAGUUACCGAAGGAGGAUGAAAUCCUACCACAGAAAUUACGAGAGGAGACGCGAGCCUUGUUUCUUCAAAAACGGUCUCGUCAAUUGCUCGAUAACAAUGAGCUCAAGGCUCUGUGGGUACUUUUAGACAAACACCACAGCAAACCCAUCUCAGGAGACGAACAAUUAAUCAAUUAUGAGGAUUUCAAAAAAGUUGGUGCUCUUGCAGGCUCGAAAUGUGCUCCUUACUUCACAGCGGUUGUUUUUGCCAAACUGCAGCAAGGGGAUCCUCACGGGCGUAUUAGUAUCAUGGCAUUGUUCAACUAUGUCAUGAGGAAAGUCUGGCUUCACCAAACUCGAAUUGGUUUAUCCCUAUACGAUGUAACUGGGCAAGGAUACCUCAGGGAAUCUGACCUGGAGAAUUAUAUUUUGGAACUAAUUCCUACGCUACCGCAGCUUGAAGGACUUGAGAAAUCUUUUCAUUCGUUCUACGUUUGUACCGCGGUUAGAAAAUUCCUGUUCUUCUUGGACCCGCUGAGGACUGGAAGAGUGAGAAUACAAGAUAUUUUAGCAUGCAGUUUUCUCGAUGACCUUUUAGAGUUGCGUGACGAGGAUCUGCCCAAAGAUCUUCAAGAAGCCAACUGGUUCUCUGCACCAUCCGCCCUGAAAGUUUAUGGUCAAUAUUUAAACCUUGACCGAGAUCAUAAUGGCAUGCUCAACAAAGAGGAACUCUCUGGCUAUGGUACAGGUACGCUUACCGGAGUCUUUCUCGAGAGGGUCUUCCAGGAGUGUUUGACGUACGAAGGUGAGAUGGACUAUAAAACGUAUUUGGACUUUGUUCUGGCUCUGGAAAACCGUCACGAACCACAAAGUCUCCACUACUUAUUCCGUAUUCUCGAUAUUAAUAACCGUGGAUACCUCGAUACAUUCUGCCUCAAUUACUUCUUUCGGGCGAUUCAGGAGCAAAUGACGAUGCACGGUCAGGAGCCAGUAAGUUUUGAAGAUGUUAAAGAUGAAAUAUUCGACAUGGUAAAACCAGCUGAUCCCUGCAAAAUUACGCUACAAGAUCUUUUAUCAUGUGGACAAGGAGAUACUAUGGUCAGUAUAUUGAUAGAAUUUCACGGGUUCUGGGCUUACGAAAAUCGAGAAGCUAUGGCAGCGGACAACGGAGACGAGUCCUCCCACGUCUGACGCACCAGCAUAUUGAAUACGCUACAUAUUGUCCGAUCACAAUUUUGAUACACUUUCACCGACAUUUCAUUUUUGAGACUAAUAUAGAUACAUAUAUUUGAUGGUAUGGUUUUAAAUAUGUCUAAAUAUUCUUCACCUAUCCCUGAAAUGAAUAUUAUAGAACAAACAAUGUAACAAAAGUAGUAGAAAUGAAUAAUGGAAUUGUGGAUGAGAAUUUGGUACAUCACUUUCUUUUUUUUUUUUUUACAAAAUUCAUUUAUUAAGGCCCACAAUAGUGGAUUUCGUUUUUAAAGGUUUGUACAGGAGGGGGAAAGGUUCUCUUUUUUAUACAAAAUAUAAUGUGUAAACGGUAAUAUCUUAGUUUUCGCGUACCGUGUAAGAUAGAACAUUCAUGGCAACGCGCUUCGUUAUUUCUUUUACUUUACAUAUACAUAAUACGUUCUCUGCUCUCCGGUUAUUUAAUUUGAAAAUCGAAUCUACUGUAUAGCCUGCGUGCGGUGUAUUAUACAAGAACAACAUGAGUUCAACAUAAACCACGAUUCAAAUCAGUUCGUUCGUGGUUCAAUAAUAAUAAUAAUAAUUAUAUAAACGGGACGGUUUCCCUAUGUUCAAUAAUAAUUUAACUUAUACAUUCGUUAAGCGCUAGACAACAAUAUUACAUAUAGUAUACAACAACUCGUUUCAUUUAGCGAGUUAUUGUUUCUCAUUAUUUUCUUUUCCUAAAAAUUCUUUUACUUCAAUCUCCAAAAACAACUAACUAAACACAGUGAAACCAGACCGGCUUAAUUGUGGCAGUCUAUUUUUUGAUUAUAACAAAAAUUGUUAUCAUUAUGGUUAUCCUUAAUACUAUUAUCAUUAAAAUUAUAUACCUAUAUGUACAAGGCUACUUAGACAAGGAUUUAUUUCUUUUCAUUCUAGUUUUCUUUUUGUGUUAUUCUUCUAUACAAUUCAACAACUUGCGUAUGAAGCGAGAUGGAAAUUCGUGGCACUGGCAAGAUUGUCUAUGUACACAUUUAUUUCCUGCUUCCUCAUGCCGGCUCCAAUAAAAAAUUAUUUUUC